AACAUAUUUGAAGACCCUUCAUGCCAAGAGCUGGCCUUUUGUUAUCUUGACCCUACAAAAUUACAAAUAGAUUUCAUAGAUUCAUAAACGAUAUAUAUUUGAAAGCAGUGGCGCCGUUGCGGUGGUGCAAAGAUAGCUCCCAAAAUAUCCCAGCCUGUAAAAGUCGCCACGCACCGUACAACAACACGUUCAAUCUGACUUCGUCCCUCUAAUUAUAGUCACUAUUCUAUUACCACCCUGUUUUUAAUUAUCAGAAUAAAUUGCUCAGAUUCAAACACAGCCAGAGAAACACAAAAACAAAUAAAUAUCAAAACAGAGAAGAAGAAGAAGAGGUUUUUGCAGAGAUGGGGAGAGGGGGAGAGAGAGAUGGAGAAGAACAAGAGGGUGUGAUGGCCACGGACUUCUUCUGGUCUUAUACGGAUGAGCCUCACGCUUCUCGCCGCCGUCAGAUCCUCUCUCAGUACCCUCAGAUUAAGGAGCUCUUUGGCCCUGACCCUUUGGCUUUUCUCAAGAUUACUUUGGUCGUGAUGCUUCAGCUCUCCACUGCUGCAGCGCUUCACAAUGCUGGAUGGCUGAAGAUUCUGGCAAUAGCCUACUUCUUUGGCUCUUUUCUCAACCACAACCUCUUCUUGGCCAUCCAUGAGCUCAGCCACAAUCUUGCAUUCUCAACCCCAGUCUACAACCGUUGGCUUGGUAUCUUUGCUAACCUCCCAAUUGGGGUUCCCAUGUCUGUCACCUUUCAGAAGUAUCACCUCGAGCACCAUCGCUUCCAAGGUGUAGAUGGCAUUGACAUGGACAUCCCAAGCAAAGUCGAGGCUCAUAUGGUGAGAAAUGUGUUCACCAAAUCCAUAUGGGUUCUACUUCAACUCUUCUUCUAUGCUUUUCGGCCUGUGUUCUUGAAACCAAAACCCCCUGGUUGUUGGGAGUUCAUCAACCUUUUUGUCCAGAUAUCGCUCGAUGUCUCCAUGGUUUACUUCUGUGGUUGGAAGUCUUUUGCUUAUUUGAUUCUCUCUACAUUUGUUGGGGGUGGGAUGCAUCCUAUGGCUGGUCACUUCAUUUCAGAGCAUUACGUGUUCAAUCCUGAUCAAGAGACAUAUUCUUACUAUGGCCCUCUUAAUCUCAUGACUUGGAGCGUAGGGUACCAUAACGAACACCAUGACUUUCCCAGAAUUCCUGGGAGCAAGCUCCACAAGGUGAAGUCUAUUGCACCAGAAUACUACGAGGGUUUGGAAUGUUAUAAAUCAUGGAGUCAGGUCAUCUACAUGUAUAUAAUGGACAGAACAGUCGGGCCAUUUAGCCGAAUGAAGAGGAAGCCAAGCAAAUCAGAAUAGACCAUGCUUAUGCUCUCUUCUGUAACAUGACUCCCAUUUUUGUAUACUUUACUGGGUUCUAAAUUGCUUUAUUGCUUUUAUGCUGAAUUGCUGUCUUAUUGCUUGUAACAUUUCGUGAUUGUAGUAUAGAUUGAACAUAACGAAGUGAUUCAUUCAUUAGUUAGCAUUUGGCGAAGAACAACUAUAUUUGAAAGGCCUAUUUGAAAUUGAUAGAUUUACUUGAUCUUCAUCCA